AUGAAGCAGAGGAGGAGGAGGGAGAUGAAGCAGAGGAGGAGGAGGGAGAGUGAAGAGAGGAGGAGGAGGGAGAUGAAGCAGGAGGAGGAGGGAGAUGAAGCAGAGGAGGAGAAGGGAGAUGAAGCAGAGGAGGAGGAGGGAGAUGAAGCAGAGGAGGAGGAGGGAGAUGAAGAGGAGGAGGAGGGAGAUGAAGAGGAGGAGGAGGGAGAUGAAGAGGAGGAGGAGGGAGAUGAAGCAGAGGAGGAGGAGGGAGAUGAAGCAGAGGAGGAGGAGGGAGAUGAAGCAGAGGCGGAGGAGGGAGAUGAAGCAGAGGAGGAGGAGGGAGAUGAAGCAGAGGAAGAGGAGGGAGAUGAAGCAGAGGAGGAGGAGGGAGAUGAAGCAGAGGAGGAGGAUGAAGAGGAGGAGGAGGAGGAUGAAGCAGAGGAGGAGGAGGGAGAUGAAGCAGAGGAGGAGGAGGGAGAUGAAGCAGAGGAGGAGGAGGAUGAAGCAGAGGAGGAGGAGGGAGAUGAAGCAGAGGAGGAGGAGGGAGAUGAAGCAGAGGAGAGAGGAGGAUGA